CCUUGACGCACGUUGGAAUUUGUUGGGACAGACAGCUAGCCAGCGAUUGAAGGAAUACGAUCAAAUCAACGUUACUUGGCAAAUAGUUAAAUUAACACUAUGGCAGAAACAGGGGUUGCUCUUGGCUUUUUGGAGGAGGCCGAACACUGGCUACUACAGAGUCAUCAGUUCCCCAGCAAAGUUGGAGGCAAACCUGCAUGGUUGAGUCAGUUGGACAUCCCAAGUCUUCCUGAGUUAGCAUGUGGAAAAUGCCAACUUCAUACAGCAUUUCUCUUGCAGGUUUACGCUCCAAUAACUGGACAGGAUAUAAGUUUUCACCGAACUCUUUUUGUAUUCUGCUGCAAGACACCAGACUGCUAUUCACGAAACGACAGCCGUUGCCUGAAAGGUAAAUAGCAUUUAGCUAGCUAGCUAUUGCAUUUCCAUCAACAUCAAACCUAUAGUCACAUGGUCAGGGAUGGGAAUGAGAGGGGCACACUAAAAGGCUGGGAUUAUCCCACCGCUACCACCAUUGUAAUUACUGUGGUGCAACAGUUGGAGUGGGGCUUGAAUUUUCAAACCUGUUACAGGGCAAUCACACUACCACAGAUGGAACAAUGAGCCAGAGAUUUCACCGGAUGUAUAGGUGUUGGCGUUUUCCACUCACUACCAAAUAUGGUGAUGAGAGGAAGCCCAGUGGCCGGCAGUGGAAGAUGGAGCCAGAUGGAUUUUGGCCGACAUUAUGCAAGUUUUCUCAUCGAUGAAACGUUUGAUGUCAAUACAGUUCUGUUCCCAAAACUAGAAUCUAUUACAGAGUGGACAAAGUUUUGUAGAUUUUACCAUUCACCAAAUAAAAAAAGUUGUUUAGUAGGGGUGCAAGGGCACGAGCUUUUUUGCCAUCAAGGAAAACGCUAUGUCUGGCGCAAACCCAACACCUCUCAUCACCCCGAGAACACCAUCCCCACAGUGAAGCAUGGUGGUGGCAGCAUCAUGCUGUGGGGAUGUUUUUCAUUGCCAGGGACUGGGAAACUGGUCAGAAUUGAAGGAAUGAUGGAUGGCGCUAAAUACAGGGAAUUUCUUGAGGGAAACCUGUUUGACAUCCAGAGAUUUGAGACUGGGACCGAGGUUCACCUUCCAGCAGGACAAUGAUGCUAAGCAUACUGCUAAAGCAACACUUGAGUGGUUUAUGGGGAAACAUUUAAAUGUCUUGGAAUGGCCUAGUCAAAGCCCAGACCUCAAUUCAAUUGAGAAUCUGUGGUAUGACUUAAAGAUUGCUGUACACCAGCAGAACCCAUCCAACUUGAAGGAGCUGGAGCAGUUUUGCCUUGAAGGAUGGGCAAAAAUCCCAGUGGCUAGAUUUGCCAAGCUUAUAGAGACAUACCCCAAGAGACUUGCACCAUUUUAAUUCCAGGUUGUAAGGCAACAAAAUAGGAAAAAUGCCAAGGGGGGUGAAUACUUUUGCAAGCCACUGUACUUGAAACAGUGCCUGAGGAAGUCCCACAGCAUCAUCAAGGACCCCACAUGCCUCAGCCACAAGCUGUUCACUCCCUUACCGUUGGGCAGACGGUAUUGGAGCAUGAGGUCUGAUACCAACAGGCUCAUAGACAGUUUCUAUCUACAAGCCAUCAGACUGCUGAACUGGACUGACCACCUGCUCUGACUCUCCUCACCUUAGCACACACACACACCACAAUGGCUGCUAGCAAACAAUUAUUUACUAUUGCUAAUACUGCACAAUUUAAACACUUGCCCCCCAAUCCCCCCUUACCCAGUACACAUGUAAAUAUUGGACUAUACAUUUUGCCUUCCUGUAUUAUACUUACGUUCAAAUGUUUUCUAUUCUACUGAGCCAUUUACUUUGUUUUGUAUUAUCCUUUAUUAUUUCUUACUGUUGUUGCAUUGUCCAGAAGGAACCUGCAAGUAAGUGUUUCGUUAGACAGUGUAUACCAUGUGUAUCCUGUACAUACAGUGGGGGGGAAAAUUAUUUAGUCAGCCACCAAUUGUGCAAGUUCUCCCACUUAAAAAGAUGAGAGAGGCCUGUAAUUUUCAUCAUAGGUACACGUCAACUAUGACAGACAAAUUGAGGAAAAAUAAAUCCAGAAAAUCACAUUGUAGGAUUUUUAAUGAAUUUAUUUGCAAAUUAUGGUGGAAAAUAAGUAUUUGGUCACCUACAAACAAGCAAGAUUUCUGGCUCUCACAGACCUGUAACUUCUUUAAGAGGCUCCUCUGUCCUCCACUCGUUACCUGUAUUAAUGGCACCUGUUUGAACUUGUUAUCAGUAUAAAAGACACCUGUCCACAACCUCAAACAGUCACACUCCAAACUCCACUAUGGCCAAGACCAAAGAGCUGUCAAAGGACACCAGAAACAAAACUGUAGACCUGCACCAGGCUGGGAAGACUGAAUCUGCAAUAGGUAAGCAGCUUGGUUUGAAGAAAUCAACUGUGGGAGCAAUUAUUAGGAAAUGGAAGACAUACAAGACCACUGAUAAUCUCCCUCGAUCUGGGGCUCCACGCAAGAUCUCACCCCGUGGGGUCAAAAUGAUCACAAGAACGGUGAGCAAAAAUCCCAGAACCACACGGGGGGACCUAGUGAAUGACCUGCAGAAAGCUGGGACCAAAGUAACAAAGCCUACCAUCAGUAACACACUAUGCCGCCAGGGACUCAAAUCCUGCAGUGCCAGACGUGUCCCCCUGCUUAAGCCAGUACAUGUCCAGGCCCGUCUGAAGUUUGCUAGAGUGCAUUUGGAUGAUCCAGAAGAGGAUUGGGAGAAUGUCAUAUGGUCAGAUGAAACCAAAAUAGAACUUUUUGGUAAAAACUCAACUCGUCGUUUUUGGAGGACAAAGAAUGCUGAGUUGCAUCCAAAGAACACCAUACCUACUGUGAAGCAUGGGGGUGGAAACAUCAUGCUUUGGGGCUGUUUUUCUGCAAAGGGACCAGGACGACUGAUCCGUGUAAAGGAAAGAAUGAAUGGGGCCAUGUAUCGUGGGAUUUUGAGUGAAAACCUCCUUCCAUCAGCAAGGGCAUUGAAGAUGAAACGUGGCUGGGUCUUUCAGCAUGACAAUGAUCCCAAACACACCGCCCGGGCAACGAAGGAGUGACUUCGUAAGAAGCAUUUCAAGGUCCUGGAGUGGCCUAGCCAGUCUCCAGAUCUCAACCCCAUAGAAAAUCUUUGGAGGGAGUUGAAAGUCCGUGUUGCCCAGCAACAGCCCCAAAACAUCACUGCUCUAGAGGAGAUCUGCAUGGAGGAAUGGGCCAAAAUACCAGCAACAGUGUGUGAAAACCUUGUGAAGACUUACAGAAAACGUUUGACCUGUGUCAUUGCCAAGAAAGGGUAUAUAAAAGUAUUGAGAAACUUUUGAAAUUGACCAAAUACUUAUUUUCCACCAUAAUUUGCAAAUAAAUUCAUAAAAAAUCCUACAAUGUGAUUUUCUGGAUUUUUUUCUUCUCAUUUAGUCUGUCAUAGUUGACGUGUACCUAUGAUGAAAAUUACAGGCCUCUCUCAUCUUAAGUGGGAGAACUUGCACAAUUGGUGGCUGACUAAAUACUUUUUCCCCCCACUGUACGAUUAAUAAAACUUGAAACUAAUGAUGUUACUCCGCUAUUAUUCCACUCAAGCUGACCUUGAGAUUACUCUUUUCCAGUAUUUCGGAGCCAGUUGCCACGGAAGAACGACUUUUAUCCCUACGAUCCUCCAUCUGAUGAAGACCCCAAUUGGACUGAGCGUGACCCCUGCGUCCACAGUUCAGGAGUUAAACUAUGCAAGCUCUGUGGCUGUCCUGGUCAGAAAGCUUGCUCUAAAUGCCAUGCAGUGUCCUACUGCAGCAAAGAACACCAGACCAUAGACUGGAAACACUGUCACAAGAAAGAGUGUUGCAAACAAGGUAAUUAUACUGUCAUACUAUUUGUAAUAAUGCUGAAAUUGUGUUUUCCGCCCGCCUGAAAGAUAAACAUUAAACUUUCAAUACAUGUUCAGUGCCGUCCAGCGCAGUGCCUUCCCCAUUCCUGUUCCCAGAGUCGGAACUGGUCACAGAGCCUGAGGAACAUCAGAAAGAAGAAUCAAGUGAAACAGUCGGGGACGCACAGAAUAACGUGGAAUGCUCCUCCUCAGUUGACGGUAAGAAGUUAGACUGCAUUGCAUUUACUUAUCUAGUCCUUUCAGACCCAUUAAGGCAUCAAAAGGAGAGUGAAGAGAGAAUCUUUUGGGAUUUGACCCAGCCUAAAUAGGAGUCUAUAAAUGAUUACAAUUUCUGUUGUAUAAAAGCAUGACUUCUAUUCCACAGAUUUGGCAGAGACAGAACUUGAAGACAUGGCCAUGCAUGAAACCGAAGAUAGCAAAGUGUUCCAGAAGUUUAAACAGAGGAUUGCGUCAGAGCCACAUCAGGUAACAACUCUUCAAGCAGAAUCCUCAGACAUGAAGAGCAUCAGAAUCACUCAAAUACGUAUUUGGCAAUCGUGUAGAUUACUCUGAAAUUAAUCUUUUUUUUUUACUCAACAAUCUCUUGUGGACAAAUGCACAUAAUUUAGGAUGGUAUCUUGCUUCUGUCAAGACUGGGAUGCGAAGACUUAUCAGGAACUUUGUUCCUGUGCGCAUAUUUUUUCCAUCACUGAUCAUUUGGACAAAUCACGAUUUCAAAGGUGUUCACAUCUUUCAAAUUUCAUAAGGGGAGGUGACAUUUGGCCAAUGCUUUGGCUGAGAGUUUCCAUUUAGCAGGGUGGAGACUCUUUUCAUACAUCUCCCCCCAGAACCUAAUCAAGCAUCUGAUGCAAUUACACACAAUUUUAAUUGUGGGUUUCCCUGAUUACUGAAGACUAUAAUAACAUUGUGUUAUUGUAGGUUUUGCGAUACUGUAGAGGUGGCUCUCCUCUUUGGGUUUCGUCUGAACAUGUUCCUGUGGAGAAGGACAUCCCACAUUGUUCAUGUGGUUCCAGGCGUAUCUUCGAAUUUCAGGUAUUUGCAAUAUUUAAACGAAGAGCCGGUUUCCUGGACCAAGGGGUGUAUUCAUUAGUCGCAGACUGUUGCAAAAUCUUUACUCUAAACUGAAAACAUUUUGAAACUAAACAGAGUUUCUAUUGAACUAAAUCAGGUAGGUUCCUCCGUUUCUUUCUGUUUGGAUCCUAGAGGCAACGGUCUGCGACUAAUGAAUACACCCCAUCGAGCCUAUUCCUGGACUAAACCACACUUUCAGCUGAGAUAUUUCAUCCAGGACUGAGCUUAAUCUGGGUCCAGAAAACCAGACCUAAAUGUUUCAACGUCUAAGGCUUGAAUGACAAUGUGCUGAUAGUGUUUUGCAUCCCAACAGGUCAUGCCCCAGCUACUGAAUGACCUAAAAGUGGACAGCCCUGAUGCCAGUAUAGACUGGGGAACCUUGGCUGUCUACACAUGUGCUGACAGCUGUGACCAAGGCAACAAGUACUCUUCCGAAUUCAUCUGGAAACAAGAUUUCACAGAACAGAAAUCCGAAUGUACCUAG